AUGGACAAAUUCUUCAACGGUAUACAGAAGACGAAUCAGAAGCCCACAGCGGACCCCGAAGACCCCACCGCUCCUGAAAAGAAAGCCAUCCCCAAGGGCGUAGUGCUGGGUAAAGAUGGCAAACCCUGCCGCUCCUGCACCUCCUUCUCCUCCUGGGCCGCCAUGACCAGAAAAGACACCACCCCCGCCGCCACCACCGACCCUCCCGCCCCCCCAACCUCCCCCCCCUCCCCACCCCCCGACUGCCCCCCAGACGUCGACGCCCUCGGCCGCUCCACCUGGACCUUCCUGCACGCGCUCUCGGCCGCCUACCCGCCCGCCGCCACGGCGGCCCAGCAGGCGGAGAUGCGGCAGUUCCUGGCCCUCUUCGCGCGCCUGUACCCGUGCUGGCCGUGCGCCGAGGACUUCCGGGCGUGGAUGGGGCGGGGGGGCAACGCGCCGCGGGUGGAGGGGCGGGAGGGGCUGGGGCGCUGGAUGUGCGAGGCGCACAACGAGGUCAAUCGGAAGUUGGGGAAGCGGGAGUUUGAGUGCGCGAGGUGGGAGGAGAGGUGGAGGACGGGGGGGGGGAUGGGAGGUGUGGUUGAAUGA